UGGUGGUGCUGGUAUGAUUUUUGAGGAUGCUACUACUUUAUCUACUAUAAAUGGUGAUCAAACAUCAUUAACUUCAACACAAUUGUCUACACAACCUUUCCUUAAUAAAAUAACUAGACCUACACCACCCUCAUUGAAUACUAUUAAUAUUAAUCAACUAAUGUUGGCAAAUAGUGGCAGAGGCGGAGGCGAUGGCGGUAGUAGUAAUAGUAAUGUUAAUACCAAUUGCGGUAAUAAUUUUUGCAAUUCUUCAAAUCAACAGCAGGUUGACAAUCUAGAUGAACCAGUGUUGGUAUCAGGACAUUCCCGAAGAGAUAGCAAUGGUUCAUCAAUGUCUAUUCAAUUACACGAUAUUGUUGGAUCAGGCCACCAUCGUAGAGAUAGUAACGUGUCUAAUGCCUCAAUGCAGCUUGAUAUACCAACCCCAUCCAGUGAAAUUGAAUCUGUACAUGUUUUAAGCGAUCAGAAAAAUGAUAAGUUAUCACCAAUCCAACGUGUUGUUCGCGUUAGAAGAGCAUCUCUUUUG